ACUUCCGGUUAAAGAACUACAAGACUAACGAACUACAAAUCCCGUGAAGCGCCGUUCACUUGCACACUGUUCUAGAAACGCGUCUUAAAAUUUACGCUCUUGCAACUUCUCAUGCCAGUUGUCUUCAGAGACCUUUCCACAUUUUUAAGCAAAUUGGCUUUCCGCUUUUGGGGAGCGUGUUAAAGAUUCUUCCGCUUCUGUUCACACUGCAUGACUGCAGUUCCUAUUCAGUUCUGAUGUUUCCAGCUCAUCUUCAGCUGGAGGAUGAUGCAGAGCACCAGGUCAGGAAGCAGCGAGCUGGAGUUCAUCACAUUCUCCCCCCUUGCUCCUUUUAGUAACUCUGAUUUGGGCACAAUUAGUGGGCCAACUAGAGACUUGUGUCAUCUGACAGGUGGAUCUAUGCCAAAUACCUGGGAUAGAAGAUGCAUGAGGAAACAGAGGAGAAGGACAGAUGAUGAAAGCUGCAGUCCUAAACGGCGAAAGCUGAUGGUAGAGGAAGGAGCAGAUGAGUAUCCAAGUCCUAAAGUGAGCCAAAGAUGGUCUGUGGACUCUUCCACCACUUCCCCUUCUAAGACCAGCCCAGUUCAACUGCAAACUGAACCCAGGACAGAGGAGAUGGGUCUGCCCUUCACAUCCACUCCCUCUCCACUACCCAGAGUUCCCACAGAGGGCUCAAGCAUGGAGGUAGAGGCCACUCAGAGGAGACUGCAGGAGAUAGAAGACAGGAUAACUUUAGAGGAUGAUAGCGAUGAAGAAGAGCUUGAUGUGGAACCAGCUCAGCGCAGACCAGUGCUGGUGAUGUCUGACAGCUUAAGAGAGGGGCUGCAGCGUGGGAUUGGUGACAUUCUACCCCAUACGGUAGCACAGUCAGUGAGCUGCUCUUGUAUGGAAUUGGUGUUGUGGCGCCCCCCAGAGGACCCUCUCACCCAGAAGCUGAAGGACUCUUUACAGAAACAGCAGCGCAAGCAGUUGGCAGUGAGCAGACAGACUCCCACCCCUAUACCGCCUAUCAGCAACCCCCCACCCCAGCCUCAGUUCACAGCACCCAACGAGCAGACUUUCAGCCCCCUGUUCAGCAGCCCUGCGCUUCUCAACUCUGGAGAGGAAGACAUGGAGUUAUAAAGGGAAAUCUUUAAGUACUUUACCUAAACUCUUUGCAUCCUGUGUGUGGGGAAAAAAGCUUUGAAUUUUAUCAGUGCAAAUGAGGAAUUACCAUAGGUGGAGAGCAUGAUGACAAAUGCUCACUUGAGAUUUCUGUUGUGCCAAGUAUUCUUUAUUUCAACCUGCGCUUUUUUUGUAGGUGGGACCAUAUUUGCACUAGUUUAAAUGGGAAGUAUCCUAUGUGAAAGUGGUCAGUGAUUUUAUUUUUUUUUCCCUGCGGUACAUUGGUUGAAUGUGCAGUGGCAAUUUCAUACUCACUCUGUUUGCUGUUGAUAGCUGUGAAUAUUCAAACACAUUACUGGUUAACAAUGCAAAAAUCUUUUAGUUUUGUCUAUAUGCAGUUAGUAUUAUUUCAGUGUAAUAAUAUACUGUGUACAAAUCUCCAGAGCGCUUGAUUUGUUACAAUCUGCCACAUUAUUUACGUGUAAUAUUUGCUUUUUUUGCAGGCAUUCAACUGGUCAAAAUCUGAGACUCCUUUUAUUCUGUUCUUCAUGGUGUCAUAUUUUGAUUUUUUUUUUUAAAUGAUGUUGUAGUUAUGGACUACGAAGUGAUGAUUGAUGAAUUUGAUGAAAGGAAUGAAUCACCAUGUGCUCUUGAACUGGACAGACAGAGACAGCAGCACUAAUCAUUAAUCUAGCCGGUUAAACUAUCUCCGCAACAGAAAAAUAAUUGUUGGAGGAGAUGCAUGGCCAUACAAAUUGAAAUCGAUUGAUUUCAGUCGUUCAUAUUACCUGGCUCUGUUUCUCUAGCUGAAGAACAAAUAGCACUUAUUAGCCUGGCUGUAAUUUUUAAACAGUAAAAUAAGCUGCAAAUCCAUUUUGCCUGAGGUUUAAACAUUGGCUUAAAUAAUUGUUUAAACUUUUUGUUUGACCUUUUUGCAAUUUAUACAUUUUGCCAAAUGUCAAAAUAUAAAAUUGGUAAAUACUGACUAUCACACUAUGAAAAAGGCAGACUUGUUUUUGAAUAAAAUCAGUUUGGCAUUAUA